AUGAAGCAACAACAACCAUCUGGACAAGCCUCCAAGUCUCUCGACGCCACUAAGGUGGAAUACGUUCGCCUCGGAAGUUCUGGUCUUCGAGUUUCCAGACCCAUGGGUGCUAUGGGUAUGAGUCUUACAGGCACAUCACCGUAUGCAAACUGGCUCCUCAACAAGGAAGAAUCACUCAAAGUGCUGCAGGCAGCAUAUGAUAACGGCAUAGAUACUUGGGACACAUUAAAUGUUGUUAUCAUGACCAAGUGUGGGUUUGUGGUUGAAGAGAAUGAUACCAAUCUUGGACACGGAUUUCCUGAUUUGUUGGCUAAGAAUAAGGAUUAUGUUAAUCACGGAGGACUGAGCCGGACUGCCAUUCUCAAAUCAGUUGAUGCCUCCCUCGCUCGUCUGGGCACUACGUACAUUGAUCUUCUCCGUUUCGAUUACAUCACCACACUAGAGGAGACAACGAGAGCCUUGCACGACGUCGUACAGGCCGGAAAAGUGCGUUACAUCGGUACAAGCUCAAUUACCUUGGUCGCCCCUAUAUUGUGGGAAGACUGGCUCGUUGAUAAACCAGCACGAUCCAAGGGGCCGGCAGCACAUGAGCAGGUGGCUUUGGAGUGGCAUAAGAACAAGGAUACGGUACUCAUUGUUGGUCUCAAUUCGGUUGAGAGGGUUGAGGAGACGGCUGGUCUCCGGGAGAAGCAGUUGACGGAUGAUGAGAAGUAUCAACCCUCACCAGCAUCUUUUGUGCGUGCCUAG